GGCGGCGGGGGGAGCGGCGGCCCCGGCGCUCGGAGACACCGACGAUGGGCAUGGGGCCGGCGCUGCUGCUGGGGCUGCUCCUCUCCAGAGCCGGAGACCUCCUGGCUCUGCCCAGGAGUGAUUGUGUCGUGGCAGAGCAGCUGUGCCUCUCGGACUCCACCUGCAAUGCCACGUACAGGAUCCUGGAAAACUGUGCCCUGGCCAAGACUCGCCUCCUUCCACUGGAUCACGAUAGCAGGGUCAGAUGUCUGAAUGCAGAGCUGGACCUUGGGAACAGCUCUUUGCUGCACUGCAAGUGUCACCGGCGCAUGAAGAGACAGGAGCACUGCUUGCGUGUCUACUGGACCGUUCACUCCAGCGUGACAGAUGGUUAUUUCAAUUUGGAGACCUCUCCCUAUGAGAACCCAGCAAAUGAAGAACACUGGAAGACAGAUUACAAUAAACUGGCAGCUCUGGUAUCAGGCUCACAGCUAGCGGGAGAUGCAACAAAUCCGUGCCUGAAAGAAACUCAUGUGUGCAAUCUGAGCAAGAAGUGUGUUCGUCUGCGCACAGACUACGCCUCCAUCUGCACCAGGGCAGCGGGCAGUGAGGACGUGUGUGACCGGCGCAAGUGCCUCAGGGGGCUGAGGAAUUUCUUUGAGAAAGUCCCUGAGGAUUUCACCAAAAGGAUCCUGUUCUGUCCAUGUCAAGAUGAAUUUUGUGGAGAAAGACGCCGGAAAACUAUUGUUCCUGAUUGUUCCUUCCAGUCUAACACCAAACCCAGUUGCCUCUGGCUGCUGGACUUCUGCUUGGAGGACCCUUUCUGCAAAUCCCGACUGGCUGACUUCCAACAAAACUGUCAACCUGCAGACACGUCUCCAGAUGGCUGCUCUCUGCACAACCACGCUGCGUGCCUGCAGGCUUACAUGGGGAUGAUUGGCACACCCAUGACACCCAACUAUGUCAGUAACUCCAGCGUGGAGGUCUCCCUGUGGUGUACCUGCGAGAGCAGCGGCAACCAGAAGGAGAAGUGUGACCAGAUACUCGGCAUGUUUGAGAGCAACAAAUGCCUUGAAAAUGCCAUUUGGUCUCAAAUGUACCUGAAGCAGACAGCUCUAGAAAGACAGGAAGACUUACCUUACUCAUCUUCCUUAAGCUUCCAAGGAGACAGUGCCAGCACAUCUCUUGCUUCAGAAAUGUCCCAGGUGGCUGAAAGGAAGAUGCAGCGAGACAGCUCUGAACACAGCAGUAUGCCUUUGGCCUCCUCUGAGCAUUCUGGAGCUGCUACUUCUUGGCCUUCUCUGGUUCUGUUCCUGCCCCUGUUGCUGAGCACUAACUUGGCAUAAAUGGAAUCUUCCCUUCCCAUAUUAUUAAUCUUAUUCCAUAUCCAGGCACGUCCCACUACAGAUUUACCUUUGGGAAACAGAAGGCUUUGAGACAAGAGGAAUGGAACAGCCUUAACCCAGAAUGGCAGUCUCUGGAAACCCCCCCACCUACUUGCACCCCACUUUCCCCCCCGCCAGUUUGCACUGAGCUCUGCAGAUGUGGUUCUCACCAUUGCUUCUGCCAUGUAUGCAUUGUGAGUAACAGUCAGGCUCCUGUUCCAGCUCAGUAGUUUGAAACAAAGGUCUGAGCUCUGUCAGAACUUG